AUGAUGCCCACCAGCUGGCCACCCGCGCCGCCCCCAGGCGUUGCCUAUGGGGCACCUCCCGCCAACUAUGCUUACCCUCCCACAUAUACCGCAGUCCAGGUUCGACAAAGCUUCUGCCAGUAUCCUCCCCCAUCCGCUGCACCUGCCUACAGUACAUCGCCCCCGCCUCCCUUAGAAGCCAGUCCACUUCCUCCUGCCCCGGCUCCACGAAAGGUCGAAUGGCCGCCCUCCGUCCGCGACUACGUCCAAAGGUCUUUCCUACCUCACAACAUGGACUCCUCUGUGCCACGCCCCGAGAUUGAAGCCAAGUUGAAGGAGACCAUUUCCCAGCAUAUGGAGAACGGCACUCUUGAGUCAACCGACUGGGAGAAGAUGCCCUUUCCUGCGGAUUUGAUCCGAAACGAGCGUCAAUCUCAGCUGAACUCCACUAUGAACGUCUCGUCUCCAUUUGUAUCGCGAUAUGAAGGCUCUGUGUCUGCCAACCCCAAGAAGCGGAAGUCCUCUGAUUUUACCCCGGAUGAAAAGUCUUCUUCUUUGCCUUGGCGUACUACUAAUAGCAACCGAUCCAACGCACUGGAAGACCGGAUCACCUUUGCCUCGCCCGACAAACGCGCCAACCUCGAUGAGCCUCUGCCCAAGUCAAGUAAGUUCCAAAAGCAGUUGGAGAAACGUCAGCGCCGCUUCGAUGGCGGCUACAAAUCGUCGUAUCGAUCGCCCAGCCCUCCACCCUCUGAUGGACCCGUUGUCGGCACUAGCGAGACCUUGGAGAAGCGGUAUUUGCGUCUGACCGCUCCUCCUGUGGCCUCACUGGUUCGGCCCGAGCGUAUCCUUCACAAGACGAUGGAUCUCCUGAAGAAGAAGUGGAAAAAGGAGGGCAACUACUCUUACAUCUGCGACCAGCUGAAAUCCAUGCGGCAAGACCUGACAGUGCAGCGGAUCAAGAAUGAUUUUACAGUCUCCGUUUAUGAACUCCACGCCCGAAUUGCGUUGGAGAAGGGGGACCUUGGUGAGUAUAAUCAGUGUCAAACCCAGUUGCGUACUCUGUACGCCAAGGGACUGAACGGGAACCCCAUCGAGUUCAAGGCCUAUCGCAUCUUGUACUUUAUACACACCGCCAACCGUACCGGCCUGAAUGAUGCUUUGGCAGAUCUAACCGCAGCAGAGAAGGAGGAGCGACCCAUCAAGCAUGCGCUUCAGGUUCGAUCCGCCCUUGCCUUGGGAAACUACCAUAAGUUCUUCCAGCUUUACCUGGACACUCCCAACAUGGGUGCGUACCUUAUGGACAUGUUCGUAGUUCGUGAGCGUCUAGCUGCUUUGUGCAACAUUUGCAAAGCAUAUAAGCCAGACGUAAAGUUACGGUUCAUCACGGAGGAACUCGGCUUUGAGUCCGACGUUGAUGCGGCUCAGUUCAUUGUCGACUACAACGGUCAGCACCUGCUCGAGGAACGACAAGAGUAUAUCGCUCUCUUGACCGGCAAAGCCGGAGCCCUAUUCGAUUCUGCCAGAAGCGAGGCUUUCCGCAAGGUUGACAUCAAAGGACAGAUAUGA